AACAUAAUUGAGGAAAAUGUGUAUAAUUAAGCCUACAAUUCGACCUAUGAAUAAUAAUGAUGUAUGUGCAUAUGCGGCGAGGCUAUAUCGGCAUAGAGAGCAGAAUCUGUUAUAUUUGUAGAUCGGAAUAACGCAUCGAUUCGCCCCCGCCCCGCUCCGCUCGGCGCGGAUGGAAGGGGAUGCUGGACGUGCUGCGUACUGAUCAUGAUGGUGAUGAUGAUGAUGAUGCUGAUGUAAUAAUCGCACGCUCCGCUUAUUCUAGUGCACUCUCACGCUCGUGACCCAGCCAGAGUGAUGUCAUCGUCAAUACAGUGAACCGUGCUAAAGAAUUUUCUCCCCGCUCCGUGCUUCUCAGCGAGGCCUCCAUGAGAGCAAAUCCCGGGACUGCGGCGCUGAUGGCUGUUGCGGUCGGGACUGCACCAAGCUCCCUUCAGCAUCAAAGCUGCGACCCCAGCGCUCAGACAAGCGGCAAAACCCGCGCAACAGACACACGCGCAAGAGCGCGCUUCUUCACAGCAGCGUUCUAUAUGGAAUAUCCGUCAUCUUAACGGGAAUUCAAACUCCUGAUUUGAUUGACAGCCAGUCGUUGUGCAUCGCCGAUCAUCAACGCCCUUUUAAGACUUUUUGGUUAGUGUCUACCCUUGAAAAUCGGUGAUAUCCGUUUUACUCGGUGCCUGUGCUCCCUUCCCCUCGCGCUUACCGGAGACUGUCCGCGCGCUGCUCACCCGGAGGCCACAAGUGCCUGUUUUUUUCCCCGCUAGAUUCACCAUUGAUGGAAGCUGAUGCCCUGUUGCCUUUCCUCGUCCGUGUCUACCUCUGCUGCCGCUGUUUCUCCUUUACUUACGCGACUAGGCCCGCGAGCCCCUCUAAACAACUCUCAUAAUGACACUGUGAUGGAUAAAAUGAAAAGAGCGAAUCAUUUAUAUCGUGUUUUGGUAUUUUGGGUGUUGGCGUAGCGACUUUGCUGUGUGUUUUAAUCUUCUUUGUAGCCGACACUCGGGUGCACGAGGAGGGCAACUGUCUCGAGAGCAAUAAACGACCGUUUUAAGGGAUCGCGCGCGCUUCUCUCUCAGGAUGGCAAAUGAACCCGUUAUUCUUAAUGUGUAUGAUAUGUACUGGAUAAAUGAAUACACCUCCACUCUGGGCAUUGGAGUCUUCCACUCAGGAAUACAGAUUUAUGGCAGAGAGUUUGCAUAUGGUGGCCAUCCGUAUCCCUUCAGUGGCAUUUUUGAGAUCAACCCUGGAAAUGCCUCAGAACUGGGGGAGACUUUCAAAUUCAAAGAGGCUAUAGCUCUGGGUACGACAGACUUUGCAGAGGAGGACAUUGAUAAAAUAAUGGAGGAGCUUGGAAAGGAGUUCAAGGGGAACGCCUACCACCUGAUGCACAAAAACUGUAACCAUUUUUCCUCUUCACUGUCUGAGUUGCUGUGUGGUAGAGAGAUCCCACGCUGGGUCAAUCGAUUGGCAUAUUUCAGUUCCUGUAUUCCAUUUCUGCAGAGUUGUUUGCCUAGAGAGUGGCUCACACCCGCCGCGCUCCAGAGCCAUAUCAGCAUGGGCCUUCGAAAGGAGAACACACACUCACACACACACGAUUCCAGUGACGAUGAGCCCUCGGCUGCCACGGAGGCGGCUGCUGGGACAUCACACAGCUGCAGGCACACCCGAGUGUGAUCUUAACAUAUGUAUAUAUAUAUUUAGAAGCAGUAUUAUGCUACUUUGAACACACAUACACUCCAACCUCUGAUCCUGCUGCUACAGCGCCUCCUGCUGGACUGGAUGAACGCCAGACCUCAUGGCCGAUCUGAAUGAGGAAAUCAAAGUCAUGUUUUUCAGUAGAGCCUACAGGGAUUUAAAAACCUUGCAGUGGUACUCUUGAAGUUUUAGAGUUGUUUGAUUUUUACUAAGAUUUUAGGGAAAUGAAAACCAUUUUAGUGUUUUCUCUCUUACAAGUGGGAAUAGGAAUGCUGGGCGAUCGUGAUGGACAGCACCACAGGCCCUUUCCUCAUAAAUCCUGAACUUUCAUCUGGAUCUGGAUGAUUUUGUUAUAAAUUGUUGUGUUACAAAUUCUUUUCUAGUUUGUGAUGGAAGGCGUGUGUCAUCUGAAGAGGAACGUACAUUCCUUUAACCAUAUUUCUUUCCUCAGUGACUUUUCUUGAUAUUAAUCUUCUUUAAUCAUAUGAUGUCAAAUUAAUGUAAUCUUUGGCUUACAUUCAUUUUAUUUCUAGUUCUGUUUUUUUCAAUAUCUUUUAGUGCAAGGUUUUCAAUGAAUUUACACUUAAAAGAGUCAAUUGCACCUUGUCUCUCAGUUGGUAAUUGCAGCCUUAUAACUGUAAGCCAUUUAUAUGCUGGACUCAACUGAAAGAAAAGACCCCUGUUCAGUGGUUGAGGACACAAAGGGAGCAUUUAUGAGAAUGAUUAUGAGGGGAUGGGUGGGAUCGUGUGGGUGGGGUCUGCGCAUCAGGUCUGGUAUCAGUAGUACUGUAUAGCCCCUUUCACACUGCACGCUGAUCCCGGAAAAUUGCUGGGUCGCCUUCUGUGUGAAUGCAAACACGUCCCGGAAUUGCUUAUUUAUGACAGUGUUGUGAUUGAAUGCAAUGUCUGGGUGAUUAAGAGAAAGGGAGUGUUGCAAAGGUGGUAAUGGUCAUUUCUCUUGACUUUAGACAAUUUGGUUUCUGGCUUGUAAAAAUGCAGACUGAAAUAAGUAAUGUUGUUAAAAUGAGUCAUUCACACCUCACUACAUUACCUUUGCACAAAUUUUUGGCCUGUUUUUUCAGUCUGGAGUAGUUGACGGUAGUUGCUAAAAGUCAGAGACAUAUUUCACAAAAAAUUGAUUAGUGUAUGAUGGUCACAAAGUUGAUUUUUUUUUUUUUUUUUGCUUCAGACUGAUUCCAUCCGUUCGGAGGAUCAAACAUCUUUGAGUUGCAUUCAGCAUGACUUGUAAUUGUAUCAUACUUAACUGUUUGGUAAACGAUGCCCAGCUUUUCUCUGUAAGCAUUUACAAAGUCAGCAAGCAUAUAAUGCCUAGUGUUUUAAAAAUCUGUUCAGAUUUUAAAAGUUGUGAAAUGUAUUCCAGCCUUAACAGUAACUAGGCCACAACUAAAGGUUGUAAGGUCUUUCCAGUCUUCAGGCAAUACACCUAAGUAAAGGCAGACACAAUAUAGUUUUUCACAAAUGAAAAUAAAACUGGGAGCGAUGUACAGAUUAUUCAAUAGGUUGAAUGUCUUAUGGUCCUAUGGCAGUUUUCUAUUGUUUUACACACAAAUGUCAUACUACAAAGAUUAUUUUCCGUAUUUUGAGAGUUGACGGAUCAACAGCAAAGUUAAAAACAUUUCAAUAUCUGUUCAUUUGUAAUAUAUAAAAUAUGGUGUAUACCCUGACUAUGCUCCAUAACAGAGUAAAUGAUACAGCUAUCAGUAUUAUUUUGACCUUCUGUACCAUUUUGCCUGUCAGAAUCAUGUCUAGAAGCUCAUCCUCUCUGUCUGUCUGUCUUUUAUGGCAUGUUAUUGUAGAAGGGAACACGGGUGUUUCAUGAGUCAAAU